AUAAAAUAACAUGGUGUAGAGGUUGCAAAAGUUUCCAUUAUAGCUCCACCCAAACACUCCUGCCCAGUAAUGCUCAGAAAAUUCAGUCUGAGUGAUGGGGCUUCCCUGCCUGCUUUGCUGCUGGGCUGCUUGGGGGGAAGUGGAACAGCUUUUGGUUUUGUUUGUUUGUUUUUUCUUUUAAUAUAGAGAUUCUUGAGAGCCAUGUCAGGAAUAGAGUGAGGAAUGAACUCUGGUGCCUGGCUCCUCAAUAAAGAGUCUGGGCGGCCCAGGUUUAAAGUGCAAGCACUGAAAAAUUAAAAAAUUCACGGAGCAACAGGCAGAUGGAUCAGUAGAAAGGGGCUUCCGGGGGGUAAGGUGGCUGUUUGCUGUUUAUGUCGGUAUUGUUUAACUCUUCUUCUCCUGAAGAAGUGUCUUGAUGUUGUUUUCUGGCUGGUUUUGUCCUACUGGUGUCAAGGCAUCAGUUUGCUCCUCUGGAAAGGAUAAGAAGGGAGUUAGUUGUUCCUGGAACAUGGCUUGGUGUGCAGGAUGCUUGCAAAUGCUCUUCUCUCAUGCUUCAAUAAAUAAAGAAGUUUUCAUGGGACUUUAAAAAAACUUCUCUUUUGGAAAUAGGUCAAGCAAAUAUUUAUUUUUCUAAGGUGUCAUGCCAGUGUUGCACAAAUACUUGAAUGAGUAGUCAUUUUAUUUUUCACUGCUUUGUUUCUUUCUAAACACAUUCAGUUCUUUUUUUUCCAGUGGUGUAGGGACACACAUUAAUAAUUGUAUGUAAUCAGUCCCGUCCCUCUCUCCAUCUGGGAGUCUGUGCAUUUUCUGUGUGCUUGUGUUCUACAAUUGCAGUGCUGUAAAUUGGAAGGUGUGACACUUUUUUCUUUAUAUCCAGGUGCUUCUCAGCUGUUGGGAUAUUUUUUGCUCUCCAAAAGCGUUUCAGGUCAGUGGUAGGCCAGCUGCUGCAAUGAAUUUAAAAACAAAACUCCCAGAAUACAGCAAAGCUCAAGAAAAUGGCCAUACUGGUGUCUUGCUUUCCUGUCUUAAAGCCCAGCUGUGGUAUUGCUGGUGUCCUUUUGGAAAGUAAGUCCAAUGUUUGGGUUAUCCCACAGAUGGAGUGUGCAGUUACUGCCAAAAGCUUGUACCCUGCUGUCUGGUGGAGCUCCUGUCUUCCCAAAUAAUCAGGGAUCAGUUGGUAGCUGUCUUUAAAGAGGGAUUCUUCUUGUCUGCUCUUAAAAUGGUAAAAAUAAAGAGUUUAGUUAAGAGGACCAGAAAUAGGUUUGGGUACUUGAUCUUACAGCUCUUCAUCUCCGGAUUUCCUCAGUGUAGGAAUAGCAAGGGUCUGUGUUGCAGUGCUCUGGAGUACUUGGAGUAUACUUUGUGUGAGAGGAUAUUUGAAAUGGGGUUGUCUUGGGUGCUUUUUUGAUGUGUAGCAUAUUUAAUGAAGUCUUGGGUCUCUGUGUGAAGGAUCCAAAUGUACUCCUGGCUCCUGGUGCUUGUACUCAGGGCAGGCUGCAGUGGCUGGAGACCUUCCUGGUGGCUCCAGGUCCUGCCUUGGGGCAUGAGAAGCAUAAGGAUCAUUCCAGCUUCCAGUGAUAGAAAGCACUGGGCUUUCCCUUUCAGGCUGCAGGCUCUGGUCAGCCUUGCAGAGGUGGUCACCUCUCAACCAGCGCCUUGAGCAGGUGGCUUUGGAGACCUUGAAGGGUUCAAUGUGAUGCCAUUUUUCACAGCCCUGCUAAUGCAGUUUUACACUUUGCAUUAAAAGUUAAUUGGCGUUUACAUUGUUUCCUGGGUGUGGGGUGGCCCUCAGAGACAGAUCACCCUGACACCUGUGCCAGAGGUUGUGCAAGCCUGCUGUGUGUUGUGUUGUGCUUUGAUUUGUUAAACAGGAUGUAAAAGCAGGCUCCUCUUCUGAAAUGUAUCCUGCUCUUUCUUCCUUUGCUAGGAAUCAUUUCCAUGUCAGACAGCAUUUAAGAGAAGGAGAGUGUCUCUGUUUUAUAGAGGCAGAGCUGACUUAAACCCAAAAAUCCAAGCACAGACCCCCUCGGCUGUGCUAGCACAGGGGAGGCAGGCUGUGGUCUGGGCUGUGAGCAAACAAAUGAUGUGAAUAUUUCAUUUAGACCAUAAGCCACCUGUUGGGCUUUGCUCCCCCAGCCCUGCAUGCACUGGGAAGUGCAGCAGAUGUUUUAAAUGGCAGCCAGCACUCCCUGCUCCAGUGUCUGGCAUCUCCAUGGUCUUUACAGGCAGGAAGACAGAGUCUGAGGAUGAUGUAGCAACUGCUGCAGGUUUGCAGCCCUGAAUCCUGGUCCUACUGAGGCAACUGCAGGCACUUUAAAGAUGUGGGUGAGCACAGAGAGGGGGCAGGAGAACGACAGGCUCAGGACGUGGUCCCCCGUGCAGGUCCAGUGGCAAAUAUGAACCUUUGUCAGCAACUCCUCGGGACAUCAUGAGUUUGCUGGAAUCUGGACCACAAAGCACUUGCAAUAGCGCUUUCUAAAUUUGAGUUUGAUUUAAAUGAAAGAAGAAUAAUCCUCUGGAUCAAUUGUAGCGAUGGCUAGCAAAAGGAAAUCCACAACACCUUGCAUGAUACCAGUAAAAACACUGGUGCUUCAGGAGACUGAACAGGAUGCUGGAGAAGAUGACCGUGAAGGAACACAACCAGAGGCUUCUGCAGAAGGACCAGCAUCGAGCGAUGCUGGGGCCAGCAGCGCUAAUAAUGGAGCUUUGUCCAACGGGCACCGCGGCAUCGCCGAUGGUGACACUUUCAUCUGCAAGCCUUGUGACUUCGGGUCUCAAGACCUUCACCAGUUCUUUGGGCACUUGGACUCUGAGCACUCAGACUUCAGCAAAGAGCCCGCAUUCGCCUGUGCCGGGUGCAGCUUCCUGGCCAACAGCCACGAAGGGCUCUCGCACCACAACGCCGAGGCGCACGCCGGCGAGACCAGCUUUGUCUGGAGGCUGGUGAAGCAGGAUGGUCGUACAACCGUGGAGCAAAGUCUCUGUGAGGCCACCAGCAGCCAUGACCUGCCAGGAGAGGUCCCUGAGGAAGGGGCAGAUGGCCAGUCUGAAAUUAUCAUCACCAAAACCCCUAUCAUGAAGAUAAUGAAGGGUAAACCCGAGGCCAAAAAAAUCCACACGCUGAAGGAGAAUGUGUCCAGUCAGUUGGGCAGUGAGGCAGAGGUGAAGGAUGGUGAGCAUUCAUUCCCAAAUGGGUCCGUGCCAGUCAGCCAGGCAAGUUCAACAAAGUCAUCCCACAUAGUGAAUGGCUCCAUCAUAGGAAACGUGCCUGUUCUGCAGGCGGGUGUUGCACAGCUUGUGUCGCUGCAGCAGCAGCCCCCCUUGCAUCAGCAGCUCCCUACAUCCAAAUCCCUUCCCAAGGUGAUGAUCCCACUGAGCAGCAUUCCCACAUACAAUGCUGCCAUGGACUCCAACAGCUUCCUGAAAAACUCUUUCAACAAGUUCCCCUACCCCACCAAAGCUGAGCUCUGCUACUUGACCGUAGUGACCAAGUACCCAGAAGAGCAGCUGAAGAUCUGGUUCACUGCCCAGAGGCUGAAGCAGGGCAUCAGCUGGUCACCAGAGGAGAUCGAAGAUGCCAGGAAGAAGAUGUUCAACACUGUUAUUCAGUCUGUGCCACAACCCACCAUUACAGUGUUGAACACGCCCUUGGUUGCAAAUCCUGGGACUGUUCCCCAUCUUAUCCAGGCAACUCUCCCAGGCCACGUGGUGGGGCAGCCAGAGGGGACAGGGGGGCUGCUGGUCACGCAGCCCAUCAUGGCAAAUGGGUUGAAGGGCACCAGCUCCUCCUUCACCUUGGCAGUGACUUCUGUCCCCAAGCCACAGCCAGCAGGGCAGCACAGCACUGUGAGCUCCAGCAACACAUCCGGGGUCAAGGUGGUCAACAGCGGCCAGUCCCUGCUCACCGCCUGCCCUGCCAUCUCCUCGCAGACCUUCCUGGAUCCCAAUGUCUAUAAAAACAAGAAAUCCCACGAGCAGCUCUCAGCCCUCAAAGGCAGCUUCUGCAGAAACCAGUUCCCUGGCCAGGCUGAAGUCGAGCGGCUGACAAAGAUCACGGGCUUGUCCACCAAGGAGAUCCGAAAAUGGUUCAGCGACAGGAGGUACCACUACAGGAACGUGAGAGGUGGCCGGGCCGUGUUCCCUGGAGACAGUGCUCUUGAUUCCCUGCCCGAAAUCACCUUCGACGUCCCACCCAGAGGAGCUGAGCUGAGCCCUGCAGCGGCAGCGGCCACGCCGGCCCCUCACCACCCAGCACGGCGGCAGUCCUGGCACCAGGCACCCGACUUCACCCCGACCAAGUACAAGGAGCGAGCGCCGGAGCAGCUGAAGGCCCUGGAGAGCAGUUUUGCCCAAAAUCCCCUUCCUGCGGAGGAAGAGGUGAACCGCCUGCGGGGGGAAACGAAGAUGACACGGAGGGAGAUCGACAGCUGGUUCUCGGAGAGGAGGAAGAAGAAGGUGGCGGAGGAGAAUAAGAAAGUGGAGGAGGUGGCUCAACAGGAGGAGGAGGAGGCAGAGAAUGGCGGCGGGGAAGGGGAAGACUCCUCAGAUGAGCAGAGGGCCACGAGUGAAAACGGCUCAGUCGACGCCUCCGGCAUCAACCCCAACUCGGCGGAGCGGAAGGUGAGUCCCAUCAAAAUCAACCUGAAAAACCUGCGAGUGACCGAGUCCAACGGCAAAAACGAGGUACCGGGGACCGGCGCAAAUGAAAAGGGGGACGGCAGCUCCAGCCGGCCGCCCACCCCUCCCAAAACCAAAAUGAACUUCAAAAAAACGGCCCAGCAGCGGCAUCUGCUGAAGCAAAUGUUCGUGCAGACCCAGCGCCCCACGAACCAGGAGUAUGACGCCAUCGUGUCCCAGACGGGCCUGCCGCGGGCCGAGGUCAUUCGCUGGUUCGGGGACAGCCGCUAUGGCUACAAGAACGGGCAGCUGAAGUGGUAUGAGAACUACCGGCGGGGGGUCUUCCCCCCGGGGCUGGUGGAGGUCGGCCCCGCCGGCCGGGAGGUGCUCGAGGACUACUACGAGAAGCACAAGGGGCUGCGGGAGGAGGACGUGCCCGGCCUCUGCGAGCGCGCCCGCCUCGGCGCCCAGCAGCUCAAGAAACAGACUGAACUCAAACCACCAGCCCCAGAGGAUCCGCUCUUACCCUUGAGAAGAAAUCUGUGAUAUUUAAGAAACCCAUGGACCGGCCUGAUCCAAGCCUGAGGAGCAGGACGUGGUGAUGAAGCACUGCCAUCCAUGAGACCUUUGAGCACAGCACACGAGACAGCACGUGCACAAACUGGGCACUCGGUGCUGAGCUGUUGGUGGCCCAGCUGAGGAGAAGGCUGGGAGCUGACUGAGGCAGGGCUCAGCUCACACCCAGGAAAUAGGAUGCUCCUGUUUGCUUUCCAGUGACAGACUUUCAGAUUUCAUAUUCAUAUACCGAUGCCUACAGCUGCCUAUACAAGCAUAACAAAUCUCAGACAUUGUGUAAACAAGGUCAUUGCUUAGAUAUGGACUAUCAUGGCAUAGUACUUGUUUCUUUUCUCUUUUUUUUUUUUUUUCAUCUGUCCAUUAAGGUGUUUGUUCUCUAAAGGUUGUCAUGACUGCAUAUAUCCUCUCUGCCUUUUCUGGUCCAUAAGCCCUGGGAGUGAAGGGCUUUGUGGGCACACAAGUGUGAGUGUAUUAUGAAAGGGAAGGGAUUUGAGAAGAAAACUGCCAGUCUUGAAUUUGAGUGAGAUUCUCAUCCCUCCAGAUGAGGUUAGAGUGAGCAUUGCAUACUCUCUGAUAAGCAGCAGGUUCCCAGACCUGGGCAGCCCAGGAGAUGGAGUUUGUUGUAAUUUGUCCCUUGCUGGCUAGAACACUUUCCCCUGUUCUCUUGGAGACUGACUGUAACAGGCUGUUAAAUCUCCAAGUCUCUCUUUAAUCUCUGAGAACUAGCACAUAAUAAUUUUUGCAUCCUGACCUGGAAUUCUUUUCAUUGUUUGGAGAGAACAGUGUGUUCUUCAGAGAACAAAUGCAGAGUCAGUGUGGCUGUGAGUGGUUCAAGUCAUUGUUGUCUCUAAGGCAGUGGCUCUGCUGCCAUUGGGAAGUUUCCUUCUUGCAGUCCUACAUGGCAGAUCCUCCUGCAGCACCACUGGUGAUUUCAAGUGUUUGUUCCAGUUCUUUUUGGUUUUCUUUUCUUUUUUUCCCCCUUUUUUUCCCCCCAGGCCAUGUGCAAUAGUUCUGGCAAAAGAGCAAAAUAAAUUUCCCAGUUAUCCUGCCUGCUGCCUGGUACCUGUACAUUUUUAAUGUGUGUUGUCUUGGGUGGUUGCUGUGUGAUGCAACUGCUUGAACAUUUUUGCUUUAAAUAUUAUUUUCUAGUAGAAAACAAAGUCUAGAAGUCAAAAAACUCUUGAGCUGAAUAGUCCAGCCAAAUGUUGUGUCAGAUCAUUCUGUCACAAACUAAUCAAAUCCCAACUCCAAAUUGGUUCCAUGUUUUGCCUUCACUUUUGCUCUUGGAAGGCUAUUCCAGAAAUUGACUGCCUUUGAGUCGUUAGAAACUGUAUUUAAAUUUCUAGUUUGAAUUAAUUCAUGGCUGGUUCAUUCCUGGUUUGUUUUGGAGCCAACAUUGUCUUUUAACUUAAAUAGUUUUUGGUGUUUAUCUGCUGAUGUAUUUAUGGAGAGUAGUCAUAGCUCCUUAUUUUUUGCCAAGCCAACUCAGCCAAGAUUUUUCAGUAGAAGGUUUUUAUUUAGUGAGAGCUUUUUCAUGUGGGAGACUUUAUUGUUGGUGGUAAAUGAUAUUUAUUAGGAGGGUGGGUAGCAAACCCCAAAGGAUCGGCUCCAGAGAUUUGCAAAAAAUCUGGUUUAAAAACAAAAAAGCUCUUUCAGAACCUCUUCCAAACAUGGUGUCUGAUUUCUACCUUUAAUUGCCCUUGCUUGUGCAAUUCUUUCUUCGUUCCUUUUCAAGAGGCCGUGUUGCCCAGCUGCUGGAAGGGACUGUGGCUGCUCAGUGCUUUGGCAGAGGCUUCCCCUCGCCUGGUGGGAUGUGCUGGGUGCUUGUGCCUGAGCCUACAAGGCUUGCCUGGCACAUGUUGUGAGAUUGUGGCCAAGUGUGACCAUCUGCUCUGCUCUGAGGUGACCUGUACCCCACGUGGAUGUGGCCACUCGCUCUGUGCAUCCCAUAGCCAGACUGACCAUCCCACCAUGUUGUGAGCAGGGGUGGCACUGACCUGGAGCAGCCUGUGUGGCACCAGGCUCCCUAGAUUUGCCUUUGGAAGCACUGCUGAUGGUCGUGACACAGUUGGAGGCAUGACCAGCAGCCACCCCACCUUGGCUAGUGAUGGCUCAGCUGGUGGCAUCCCCAUGGCUCUCUUUGGGGACCAGGGACAGCUGCCGUGUGGUGACAGCCCCAGGGGUUCACCCUCAUGGGUGCAAUCCUGUGCACCCCAAAAUAUCAGAGAGGGUGAGAGAAUCUGAGUGGUUCUAGAGCUGAAAGCAGAUCUGGGAGUCGUGCAGCCUGAGAAUAUGGAUGUAUGUACAGUGUCACCUUCAGAGAACAAAUACAGGUAGGUCAAUUUACUCUGUAGUGUCUAUGUACAUGCAGGUUUAUUUAACUACACAUAUAUACAGUUCAAAUAUGCCAUUGAUCCUUUAUUGCAUUAAGAUGUACAUUAAAAAUGUACACUUUUACUAACUACUUGCUAUAUAAAUAUGUUGGAAGUGUAGUUUGCCCGUUCAAGGUGAUUUUCUGUGGGAUUUUUGGUGUACACUUAAGGGCCUAUGGCUGAUUGGAAGAGUGAUCCCCGCUCCAUCUACAGGAAAGUUUAAGGACUGUGAUAUGAACUGGUCCCUUCAAACCAUGUUUUAAUGCACUAGCUGAAAUAUUUUGCACUUGGAUUGUAUUCAGCCGGUUUUCCAGAAAAAUUGAAGUCUUGUGAGCUAGAGGGAGAAUUUCCCGGUGUACACAGAAAAAGCAGCCUUGAGGGUUGGAAGCUGUUGAGGUUUUUGAGCUUUGUCUCCAUGCAUUCAUACAAGCACAGCAGGAGUUUUCUUUCUUUUGGGUCAGAGGAAUUUUCAAAAGUGGUUCCAUGCAGACUCCCCUCGGAUAUGGCGACGGGGCUGGCAAACGCCUUUGCUUGGGGAGGGUAAGAUUUAGAGACAAAAAAGAAAACAAAAAAUGAUCGAGUUCCCUUUCUAACUCCUACAUUCCUUGUUAUCUGCAUUUUUUAGUUAACUUGAAGUCAUAAAAGUAUAAGCUGAAGAUUUUUGAGGGUUUAGCUCUGUGGUCUUCUGUUUCUCUGCUGAGGAGGAGAAACAGGUGCCAUCUCCAAACAGACUUGGGUUUUGGUGCAGGACAUUGGAAAAGUGUUUGCAUCUGAAACUGCAAAGAAAAAUUGAGAGGUGGCUUGACAGUCCCAACAGCAGCUCUUGUGGUGUUAAGAGGAAGUGUCACCACAAUUCUUCACAGUGUGUGAAUAUUUAUCAUCAUCUAAUCAAAGAUGACUAUCUUGACUUGAAAGGGGUGUAAGAUCGAGGUGAUGUCGCCAGCAUCAGUAAGGAAGGGAAAUUAAAUUCUCCACCUCCAUCCUCUGUGCCUGAGCUUGGGCCUGGCAGGCACAGCAGAAACCAUCAAUUUUAAUCCCUGUGAAUCUUGUUACUUAUGUCUCCGAGGCUGCUUAGAUUAAGGGCACAAUCCAAUUGCUUAAUAACCCGAAACCCUGAUUUGUUCUGGCCCUGGCUUGCUCAUGGAAAGGGCUGCUGGUUCUCCUGAUGUAAGGAACUGAGUUUCUUUAUUCAUUGAUGUCAGCAGCCCCUUCCAUGAGAUUUCUAGACAUUGUUCCAUGUUUCAUUUGGGUACCUUAUUUUUCAGCUCUGUAAUUAGCAUCCUUGAAUUUUGUUUGGUUGGUUGGUUUUUGUUUGGGUUUUUUUAGCAGAACACUAAACAAACCAUGAUCUACAGCCUCCUAUCUCCACUUGCCUGUGAGUGAUGCUGCACAUCAGGUCUGCAGCUUGGUGGGAGGAUGGGCACAGGUGCUUGCAGGUACUUCGUGUGAUUUAAUGUCCCCUCCCUGAGUUGGUCAGCGGGAGAAGCCACCAGCAAAAAGCAGUAGCUGCUGGCAGAGAAACACUGGAUUCCUUAACCUGGUUGGAGGAUGCUCACACAGGAGCUGGAAGAUACCUGCUGAGUUAAUUGAACCCUGACAGUUCAAGAGAAGGAAGCUGUAGUAGGCUGGUUUUUCAUUUAGGGUUUUGGGCAUUUUUUUUUUUUUUUUAAAUUGGAAAGCAACAGAUUUUGGUCACCUGCAGAAGUGUUGUAUUUUUUUCCCUGCAGCCUCUCUCUUACAGAUAAAACAGAGGCAACCUGAUCAGAAGCUGGCUCAUUUGGAAUCAGAAGAAAAAGAUGAUUUUCAGCACUUGGGCAAAAAUGAUAAAGUGAAUGUGAUGCUGCACAUUCCCAUCAGGGUGACAGUAUUUAAAAAUGCUUGUAAAAUGCUCUUCCCCCUGUUGCCCAGAUCAUUUUGGCUCUGUUCUUUUCAAAUCAUUCAAGGUAUUGAUGUGAUUCAGCUUACCAGUAAACCUCUGGUGUCACUUCUCAGCUGAUCCCAAAACCAGCAGGGUAUGAUUAGGCAACACAACACAUGGAGGGGAAAGAGGCACUUGCAGGCUAUCCCUGUUCUUUUUUUUAUUGGGAAAUUCAGUUUCUGCUGUAUGUUUUACUGGCAGCGGUGUGCACCAGGAAUGUUGGAUUGGCAUCACAAAACUUUAAAGCAGAGCAAGGGAGCUCUGUUAUGUAAGCAGUGAAUUUUAAUUUUUUUUUUUUUUGUUAUGGCCCAAGUGCUCUGUUGGCUGACGUUUGGCAUAUUCUGAUGGCACAAUUAAAACUCCUUUUUCCCUGUACUGAUGGAAGAUGGUGUUAGGAUUCUUGCUUACUGGUGCUAGUGAAGGUUGGGCUAGGAAUCCAUGGCAUAGAAAAUUUUCUAGCUAAAAUUGCACUUUCUGCCCCAUCUGGCUCGUGGUGGUGUUAUGGGUACGUGGCUGUGAUUCCCCUUGCACAUACUAACAUUGCACUAAAAGAGAGACUUUGGGAACAGUGUGUUGAUCACUUUGUUUCUCAGCAGACCACAAAGUCAGCCUAAUGGGGUCUCUUUUUUUUUUUUUUUUUUUUUUAAUUAUUGUUAUUUAGAAAUCAUGCUGGUGCUGAAUGACCUGGAAUUUUUGCUUGGAUUUAUCCAAAGGAAAAUGUAAUUGUAGCUGCAACGGGACCUUUCAUAAGGGUGGCCGGUGCAGUGAGGGAGCAGGGUGAGAGCUCUGCUGGGUAAAGCUGUCUUUGUACCGGGGAGCUGUGGGGGGUUCCAGGGGGGUUGUUACUUUUUUUUUUUUUUUCCAAGACCACAAUUUUAAAUGGUCACCUUGGCAAUCGUGUGAAACAGGAAAUAGUUUUUACUUUUGGUAAAGGUUUUAAAGAGGAAACAAAAAAAGAAGCUGCCUGUGAUUGUGGGCUGUAGCUAUUAUUAGGGCUAGGGUAGCUUGUAUGUGCUAUGGACUUUACCUGCUCUUAUUCUGAGGGCAAGAACUCCCUGUAGCAACAAUGCCACUUCUGAGAAGUGAACGGCAAGUUUCCCUUCCUUUUGUAUAUGUGGAUGUGAGGGUGGGCGAGGGGAAGAGCUUGCUUGUACAGUUUGUUGAAAUGAAACCAGACAUUUUUGGUUGUUCCUAAAUAAAGAGCGUAAAAGACAAA